AUGACCACUCCUUGCACAGACCUCCCGCCAGGAAGACCGGGCUCGCGCGCUGCAUCCCGCACCCUUCAUCCCAUGUCGAACGAGCAGCGCAUCUCGAUCCAGAGCCUUUCUGACGAUGUUUUCUGCUUGAUUUUCAACGAGUUCCACGCCAAUUAUUCUGCUGGUGGUGCGAACAAACUAGGUUGGGUUACACCGAGCCACGUAUGUUCUCGAUGGCGCCGCAUCCUCGUCGACGACUGCGCGACGCUGUGGGCCCGUUCCCUUUGCACAUUUCCGAAGGCCCUGCCAAUCUUCGUCGAGCGCGUGCGAGAUGCGAUGUUGACGAUCCGGAUCGACGAAGCCCAUCUUGGCCACGAAACUGCAAUUGGCUUCAUCGAGAUGAAGGAGUCGAGAGAUACUCUACUGGACGUCAUCAAGCAGCGGUCGCAGCAGAUCCAGACUAUCGAUAUCACAUUCCCUUCCAUCCCCCAGUCUUACACCACCCCUGCGGACGUCGCGGCUCGACGGAACAUGAUCCCGAUGCUCUUCAAGGCUGAAGUCCUAAGUGGGCUCAUGAGGAAGACUCUGCCGUAUUUGCAAGAAUUGAGGCUGAUUGGCCCGCCCUUGAGUGGUAUGAACGGCUCCGCACCGCUGUCAAGUAAGACAGCUUUUGUCGCGCCAAAGCUUGUCUGUCUGGAGCUCUUCCACGUGCAGAUAUCGGCAGAGACAUUAUAUAAUGUUCUCCGCAAUGCUCCGCGUCUCGAGACGCUUACCAUACAAUGGGCCGGUAGAGAUGCCACCACCAUGUCUACCGAUAUUCAACACCUUUCCGAGCCACUUCCCCUCGCACGCCUCGUUAAUGCAUCGUUGGGUGGGCGCCAGGCUAGACUCAUCGACUUUCUCCCUCUCUGGCGUCUCAUUCUUGCACAUGAGCGCGUUCGUUUGCAUGUUCUUGUUUCCCCGUCGACAGGCGACGAGGGCGAGAGCUCUUUGGUCGCUCUCGCGCCCUGGCUUCAGCGUACAGGAGGCGAUAUGUUGUCCUUUUCUAUUGCUACAGACAGAAUAGGCUUUGCCAUAGCCUCUUCCACAUCCACUGUACUUGAUCCAAACCCUUAUCUGCACUUUGAAUUUGGGGAUAUGAUCCCGGGGGCGGGACUCUUCCCUCGUCUGCUCUCGCGAUUCAUCACCAGCGUGCACCCUGCGAAUAUCCACGUCCUCGACCUCGAUGCCGAAAUCAUCAUCCGAGAAAACAUCACUGGACAGCUUGAGCACCUGUCAGCUGUGCGCGAACUCCGAGUGGUCUUUGGUCUUGAAGUGGCCCCGCUCUUCAUUCUGCAUGAUAUUAUCGAAAUCAUACCGGAGAUACCUCCCUUCUUUCCCGCCCUGAGGACGCUCGUGCUCAAGGGCACUGUCACUGAUUGGUCGACCAUUUGGCUUUCGCAAGGGACCGGCAUGCUCUCGAAUGCCUUGCAGUCACGGAGGGAGGCAGGGUUCCCGGUGUCGAAGCUGAUCUUGCGCGGAGUGGGGAUCGGAUCGCAGGACGAACGGACGCAGAUUGAUGUUAUGGCACAACAUGUCGACGAGUUUGUUGACGAAAGGCAGCAUGUAGGCUGGGAUAUGGCAGAGUUUGAAGCAUCUAGGGAGUUCUUGUGA